AUUCUUGCGCUCCAAACCGUGCCUAGCUGGAUGAACACUAUAAGUUUGUGCAAAUGAAUAUGUGGUUCCCUCUUCAGUUUGGGGGUUUAAGUAGUUAGUCUGUACUCCAUCCGUUUCAAAAUAUUUGAAAUUCUAGAUUUGUCCUAGUUCUAUAGAAAAAUGUACCAACGUGUACAACAUCAAUCAAGUCUUAUUAGAUUCACUAUAAAAUACAUGCUCAUACUGUACACGGUUGAUUGAUGUCGUAGAUGCUGAUAUAACUUUCUAUAAACUGUGUUAAACUCAAAAUGUUCAAACAUUUUGAAAUGCAUGGAGUACAUGUAUGUAAAUGUUGAAGAGAAAAUGCUGUAUUUGGGGGGGUGGUUUCGGUAGGAAAAAGUCGUUCCUAUAGCGGUUGGUUGGUUGGUUGGUUGGUUAGCCACACGCGAGUCGUUUGGAGACUGGCCGAAACCGCAUCAUCACGGGCGUCUUCCACGCGCGCGCCGGCGAGAAUGGCGCGGCAGGGCAGGCUGGUCCUCCUCGCCGGCGUCCUGCUCCUCCUGUGCGGCGGGACGGCGCUGGGGGCGAAGCGGGCGGCGAUCCCGGACGACCUCCGCGACGUGGUGGACGACGAGGAGGACGAGGAGUGGCGGCAUUGGGGCGCCGGCUCCGGGGCGCGGGACGUCCCCGAGCGGCCGCCGCCGGACCUGUCGCGGAUGGACCCCGCGGCGCUCCGGGCCGAGAUCCUCCGCGGGCACGGCGGGCCCUCGCUCGGCUUCGUGAAGCUCCGGCCCGGCGUGCGGCGGUCCCGGGAGGAGGUGGCGGGGGUCGCGACGCGGUGGAGCAACGUGCUGCGGACCGGGUCGGUGGCGGCCAAGUUCGUCGCCGUCGACUUCGGCACGCUCAUGUUCACCAUGGAGAGAGGGCGGGACAUGCGCGAGUUGAAGGAGUUCAUCUUGGGGCAGGCAGAGGCAUACGAGUUCAAGGUCGGGGACCAGAUCUUCCGGAGGCCCGGAGACCCACCCCUGGACCAGGUUAUCGACAUGCUACGGAAACAGAAGAAGAAGGAAGAUGAACUGUAACUAGCUAGACUUAUGUCCAUACAUAUAUACGUAGUACUUAUUUCUCCUGCAGUUUUGCUUUCGUAGAUUAUUUAUUUCCCCUGCAGCAGUUUUAAACUCAGUGAGUAGAAGCUAGCUAGCGGUGAAUAAGUAAGUGCCGGAUGCUGCCAGUAAUAUUUUUUCAGAAGUCAACACGAUCAUCACAAGGACGUGGCCGUCUUGCCGCGGAGAUA